AUGCUGGGAAUCUGCAGAGGGAGACGGAAAUUCCUGGCUGCCUCUCUGACUCUCCUUUUUGUUCCAGCCUUUACCUGGAUUUACCUGUUUUCUGGGAGUUUUGAAGAUGGGAAGGCGGUGUCGCUGUCGCCAAUCGAAUCUCAGCCCCAUAGCCCUCAUUACACAGCUUCGAACCAGCGGGAGCGGGAGAGCUUGGAAAUACGCAUGCGGGAGGUGGAGGAGGAGAACCGGGCGCUCCGCAAGCAGCUCAGCCUGGCGCAGAGCCGGAGCCCAACACACCGUCGUGGCAAUCAUUCAAAAACCUACUCCAUGGAGGAGGGGACUGGGGACAGUGAGAGCCUGCGGGCUGGCAUCGUGGCAGGGAACAGCUCAGAGUGUGGGCAGCAGCCAGCAGUGGAGAAGUGUGAGACGAUCCAUGUCGCCAUUGUUUGUGCUGGAUACAACGCCAGUCGGGAUGUUGUCACGCUUGUCAAAUCGGUCUUAUUUCACAGGCGAAACCCUCUUCACUUCCACCUCAUUGCAGAUGCUAUUGCCAAACAGAUCCUGGCGACUCUCUUCCAGACCUGGAUGGUCCCUGCUGUGCGCAUAGACUUCUAUGAUGCAGAUGAGCUCAAGUCGGAAGUAUCCUGGAUCCCCAACAAACACUACUCUGGGAUUUAUGGGUUGAUGAAGCUGGUUCUGACAAAGACUCUCCCCUCCAAUCUCGAGCGAGUCAUUGUCCUCGACACAGACAUAACCUUUGCCACUGACAUUGCUGAGCUAUGGGCCGUCUUUCACAAGUUCAAAGGCCAGCAGGUUCUCGGCUUGGUGGAGAACCAGAGUGACUGGUAUCUGGGCAACCUUUGGAAGAAUCACCGUCCCUGGCCAGCUCUUGGGAGGGGUUACAACACAGGGGUUAUCCUGCUACUUCUGGAUAAGUUGCGAAAGAUGAAAUGGGAGCAGAUGUGGAGACUCACAGCUGAAAGAGAGUUAAUGAGCAUGCUGUCAACCUCAUUGGCUGACCAGGAUAUCUUCAAUGCCGUCAUCAAACAGAAUCCGUUCCUUGUCUACCAGCUUCCAUGUUUCUGGAACGUGCAGCUGUCUGACCACACACGUUCUGAACAGUGCUACAGGGAUGUGUCUGACCUAAAGGUGAUUCACUGGAACUCGCCAAAGAAGCUGCGAGUGAAAAACAAGCAUGUGGAGUUUUUCCGCAACCUCUACCUGACAUUCCUAGAGUACGAUGGGAACCUGCUGAGGCGGGAGCUCUUUGGCUGCCCCAGCGAGGCAGACGUCAACAGUGAAAAUCUUCAGAAGCAGCUGUCCGAGCUGGAUGAGGAUGACCUGUGCUACGAAUUUCGUCGGGAGCGCUUCACCGUCCAUCGCACUCAUUUAUAUUUUCUACACUAUGAGUACGAGCCUGCCUCAGACAACACUGAUGUAACUCUGGUGGCUCAGCUCUCAAUGGACAGGCUCCAGAUGCUUGAAGCUAUCUGCAAACAUUGGGAGGGUCCAAUCAGCCUAGCACUCUAUCUUUCUGAUGCAGAGGCCCAACAGUUCCUGCGCUACGCCCAGGGCUCGGAAGUCCUCAUGAGCCGACGCAAUGUUGGGUACCAUAUAGUGUACAAGGAGGGGCAGUUCUAUCCUGUGAAUCUCCUGCGGAAUGUGGCCAUGAAGCACAUCAGCACACCAUACAUGUUUUUGUCUGACAUUGACUUCUUGCCCAUGUAUGGACUCUACGAGUACCUCAGGAAGUCUGUCAUCCAGCUAGACUUGGCCAAUACCAAGAAAGCUCUGAUCGUACCUGCUUUUGAGACCCUUCGGUACCGCCUCUCCUUCCCCAAGUCAAAAGCAGAGCUGUUAUCUAUGUUGGACAUGGGAACCCUCUUCACAUUCAGGUAUCACGUCUGGACGAAAGGGCAUGCACCAACGAACUUUGCCAAGUGGCGGACUGCUACCACACCUUAUCAAGUUGAGUGGGAAGCAGACUUUGAGCCAUAUGUUGUUGUGAGACGGGACUGCCCAGAGUACGACAGAAGGUUUGUAGGAUUCGGCUGGAACAAAGUAGCUCACAUAAUGGAACUGGAUGCACAGGAGUAUGAAUUCAUAGUGCUGCCCAAUGCCUAUAUGAUCCAUAUGCCGCAUGCUCCCAGCUUCGACAUCACCAAGUUCCGCUCCAACAAGCAAUACCGCAUCUGUCUGAAGACCCUGAAGGAGGAGUUCCAGCAGGAUAUGUCACGCCGCUAUGGCUUUGCAGCCCUCAAAUAUCUCACGGCAGAGAACAACAGCUAG